UAAUCCUACACCUUCUUCUUCCUCCAUCUCUGAUGUGAUCUAAACUAUAAAUUGCCCCAAGACGAAGGGCACCAGUGCACACAGUUUGUUCAUUACAUGCAUGCUCUCUCACUGGCGAUGAGGACCCAAACCACCGCGCUCCCCUCGCGUCCAUGCGCGGCGCCGGCGCCCCUGCACCUCGUCUUCGUGCCCUUCCUCGCGCGCAGCCACUUCGCUCCGCUUGCGGCCGCCGCGGCGGCCGCUUGCGGCGAUGGCACCACGAGCGCCACCAUCCUCACCACGCCACACUUCGCGGCCCUCGCGCCUGCCUCCGUGCCGGUCCGCGCGGCGCCGUUCAGCUUCCCGGGAGGGCACGAGGACUUCUCCCUGCUCCCGGACGAAUCCUCCGCUCCGGCCUUCUUCUUCGCCGCGGAGGCCGCCCUGGCGCCAGCACUCGCGGCGGCCGUUCGCGCCCACGCGGGCGCCGUGGCCGUCGUGUCGGACGCCGUGCUCCACUGGGCGCCCCGCGUCGCCCGCGAGUGCGGCGUCCCGCACGUGACGUUCCACACCAUCGGCGCCUUCGCGGCGGCCUCCAUGGUCGCCGUCCACCUCCACCGCCCCGACUCCCUAGAGGACCCCGUCGUUGUCCCCGGCGGCUUCCCGGUACCCGUGAAGCUCCGCAGGGUCCACGUCAACGAGGAGGCUCUGGCGCACCUCCCCCUCUUCCGCGCGGCCGAGGAUGGGAGCUACGCCGUCGCCUUCAACAGCUUCUCGGCGCUCGAGGCUGAUUUUGCUGAAUAUUACCGGAACGUGGAUGGCUCUCCCAAGAAGAAAGUGUUCCUCGUCGGCCCCAGGCGCGCCGGCCCCGGCAAUGUCACCGUCACCGGCGACUUAAAGCGAGACCCCAUCCUGCAGUGGCUCGACGGCCAGGAAGCCGGGUCGGUGGUGUACGCCUGCUUCGGCAGCACGUGCGGACUGAGCGCGGACCAGCUCAAGGAGCUGGGCGCCGGGCUGCGCGCGUCCGGCACGCCGUUCCUCUGGGUGAUCCCGACGACGACGGACGGCACGGAGCAGCACGACGACCUCGCGUCCAGCCACGGCAUGGUGGUGGCCGGGCGAUGGGCGCCGCAGGCGGAGAUCCUGGCGCACCGCGCGGUGGGCGGCUUCGUGAGCCACUGCGGAUGGAACUCGGUGCUCGACGCCGUGUGCACCGGGGUGCCCCUCGCGACGUGGCCGCUCCGCGCCGAGCAGUUCCUGAACGAGGCGCUCCUCGUGGACGUGCUCCGCGUGGCUGUGCGGGUGCGGGAGGUGGGCAGCAAGGCGGACGUGGAGGCGGUGGUGCCCGCCGACGCGGUGGCCAGCGCGGUGGGGAAGCUGAUGGGCGAUGGUGCGGAUGAAGCUGCGGCUAGGAGGACGAGGGUGAGGGAUCUCGGCGUGGCGGCUGGCGCUGCGGUGACGGAAGGAGGGUCGUCGUGCACUGACUGGGCACGGCUUGUAGAUGAGCUCAAGGCGUUACACGGCCACGUUAACGAGGCACCGACUGAUAAGUGAUGGUUAAAGGCCCGUUCUUUUGAGCCCUGGGUUGUGCUUGUGCAUGAGCUGUGGCGAAAAAUAAGCCUGGAGAAGCUACAGUGAAACUGAACCAUCAAGUUUCUUUUACUCCAUUCUUAAAUAUAGUUUUCUUUUAAGAUUUUACUAUGGACUACUUACGUACAAAACAAAAUAAGAUAAAAUAAGUGGAUAUA